GAGUUUUAUAACGAUAGUGCGAUGCCACAUCAGUUUUUCUGCUUUAGUUGCAAAAAAAUUUGGAAGAAACCGAACAAAUAUUGAAUCAAAGACAUUGACGUGUCUAGCCUGAAAAGAUUCAGACGUUUUAUUAAGAGUAUGCCGCUUAACUAUAACACAAGCCAUAAAUGGGCUUUCCUAAUAUUUUUACUGUUUUACUUUUGUUUAACAUUAAUCCGAAGCGAUAGUGUAACGGAAAGUAGAAGCAAAAGCUUUCCAAUUACUACACUAAUCAAUGCCAAAUGGAAUCAAACUCCCUUGCAUUUGGAAAUAGCCGAAUAUUUGUCAGAUGAAAAUCGAAAUUUAUAUUGGGAUUUUAUUGACGAUGUGACCAAAUUGGAUGUUGCCUUAAGUGAUUAUGUUACCGAAUCUCAGCGGUAUAACGCUGUUAUACAUUUACUAGAACCACGUUUAAGUGAAUUGCAAAUACCUUUAAUGAAAUUGGUAGUAUCUAUGCACAGUCUGACGCCGCGUAUACAAACCCAAUUUCAAAUUGCUGCCGGUGUAUUAAGUAAAAGUUCAUGCCCAGAAGCGCUAACAUUUGUUCAAAUUGGCAAAGAAGUAAUUUGCGGUUUUGCUCAGUUAAAAAAGAGAUUAUCUCUAAAUAAUGACAUAUCUUUGGACGCAUUGAUAAAUCUACACAGCUUUGAUCACAUAUAUCCCGGAUCUGAAAAUAAUUCGCUCACUGCGAUUUUAUAUGGUGACUUAGGAUCAAAAGCUUUUGCUCAGUACCACAAGUAUUUAGCUGAAAAGGCUCUCCCCUUAGGAGUUCGCUAUGUAACACGUCACUAUUUAACUUCCAUUGGGUCUAAAGUAAAUAAACGCGUACGUCUGUCCGGCUAUGGCGUAGAGUUACAUUUAAAAUCUACCGAAUAUAAAAGUCAAGACGACGCCCCUAAACCAGCCGAGGAGACACAAAAUGAGCUUGAUACGGAGACUGCAGAAACCGAAGUUCAAGGUUUUAAUUUUCCUAUCUUGAAAACCCGUUAUCCCACUUUGGCUCAUUCGUUGGACAAGUUACGACAAAGUUUAUUGCAAGGCAAUGAGGAAAUAGCUCAACUUAAAGCUUGGGAGUUUCAGGAUUUAGGUCUACAUGCCACAGCGGCUAUAGCUGAAAUAGAAGGAGAGGAAGCUUUGCAAAUUUUGCAGUUUAUUUCACAUAAUUUUCCAAUGCAGGCUCGAGCACUAUUAAGUCACAAGGUAACCUUUCAAUUGAAAGAGGAGGUAAAACACAACAUCGAUACCUUUGCACGGAGUCUCAAUAUUGUCCCACCCGACGGUGGAUUAUUUAUCAAUGGUCUCUUCUUUGACGCUGAUACUAUAGAUCUGAAUUCAUUACUCGAAUCUUUAAGGUCAGAGGUGCGAGUUUUGGAGAGCUUACAUGCCAGUCAAGUAAAGGGUGCUUUAGCUUCUUCUCUGCUAGCCUUGGAUUUUGCUGGACCUGGCUCUAGAGAUUUUGCUAUAGAUAUACGUGAUACUGCCAUUAUGUGGAUUAAUGAUAUUGAAAAGGAUUCACAAUAUAGACGCUGGCCGUCUAGUGUUACUGACUUAUUAAGGCCUACCUUUCCCGGUAUGUUAAGGAACAUACGUAAAAAUGUUUUCAAUUUGGUCUUGCUGGUAGACCCCUUGAGACCGUCCAGUCGUGGAGUUAUUAAAUUAGCCGAAAGUUUUAUUAUACAUUUGGCUCCUGUACGCUUAGGCUUGGUGUUUGACAUACGUCCUAGUGAUGGUACAGAUGAGGAGGAUUAUCGUUCUCUUGUCUGCGCGUUUAAUUAUGUGACUCAGCAGAAGAAUAGUCGAGCUGCCCUUAGUUUCUUGACGGAUGUUUUCGCAACUGUAGAAACCACACAACUAGUAAAGCGUCAUCAUAUACGUUCGCAAUUAACAAAAACAUUUUAUAAAAUAUCAGCAACAGCUUUGGAUGAGAUACUUGAUGAGGAUUCUGAUUUUGAUUACGGACGACAGUUAGCUAUUGAAUUUGUAGAGCGCUUAGGAUUUUCGGAUACACCGCAAGCUUUAUUAAACGGGGUACCAAUGCCCACGAAUCUCUUAAAUUCAGACAGUGACUUUGAAGAAGCUACAUUUUCAGAGAUUAUGCAGCAAACUACAACUUUGCAAAAAGCUGUUUAUAAGGGUGAAUUAACAGAUAAUGAGGACAUCAUUGACUAUCUUAUGAAUCAACCACAUGUUAUGCCUCGUUUAAAUCAACGCAUUUUGGCUGGCCACGAAAAUUCAAACUAUUUAGAUCUCUCCGGCAAACCGUAUCUUGACCUAAAAAAUGUUAAAGCGUUAGCCCAACUAUCUACCCGUGAUAUGACUGCCACUCUGUUACAUAAUCUAAAAUAUUUUGAGGGUAAACAUACUUCAGAGAAAAUCGGUCAAAACCAAUUGCAUUUUGUAACUUUAUGGUUAUUUGGGGACAUGAAGAAUGCCAUGAGCCGCGAUUUACUUAAGAACGCUUUAAUUUUUCUUAAAGACGCUGCUAGUGUUCGUCUAGCAUUUUUGCCUAAUGUUGAGGGACCGGAAUUAUCUGAUACGACUAACCUAAAUCGCUUAGUGUGGGCGGCCAUGCACACUAUGUCGCCUGCAGAAGCUACAGAACAAGUUUUGAAAUGGCUAAAACAGCCAAAUAAAAAACCGGAGAUUCCAGCCCGUCUGCAUGAUAUACUUUCUUCUACCGAACUGCAUUUGAAAAUGCUACGCGUUUACGCAAAAAAUGUCUUAAAUUUAAAAGUUUCACAACGUUUAGUCAUAACCAAUGGAAAAAUUAUUGGUCCAUUGCCCGACGACGAAGCUUUUGGCAUAGAAGACUUUGGUUUAAUUGAUCGUUUUAAUACCAUUCAAUAUGGGGACAAAUUACGUAAAGUUUUAAAGUCUCAAUUGAAUUCUGCAGAACAUAUCCACAUAAACAGCGAUACUAUAUUAAAAUUAUAUGCAUGUUUAUUACCCAGGCAAUCAAAAACUCGAUUUAAACUCCCAGAUAAUGUUAAGGAGGCAUACUCAGUGAUUAAAUUAAAGCCAAAACAUACGCACUUGCCACAUUUUGAUAUUGCAGCUGUAGUAGAUCCGGCAUCACGAAGUGCCCAGAAGCUCGCUCCCAUACUAAUACUACUACGCAACACAUUAAAUUGCCAAAUGUUGGUUUACCUUACUCCAGUGAGUCAGCACAGUGAUAUGCCGGUAAAAAAUUUCUAUCGAUAUGUGGUAGAACCUGAAGUACAAUUUUCGCUCGAUGGUGGCCUCGCUGAUGGACCUGUUGCAAAGUUUACGGGAGUGCCCGCGAAUCCUUUAUUAACACAGAAUUUGCAAGUCCCCGAGAAUUGGCUGGUAGAAGCAGUACGUUCAGUUUACGAUUUGGAUAAUAUUAAGCUUGGCGAAAUUGGUGGUCCAGUGCAUAGUGAAUUCGAAUUGGAAUAUUUACUCAUAGAAGGGCAUUGCUUUGACUCUAACACCGGAGCACCACCCCGUGGUCUGCAGAUUACUUUAGGUACCGACGAGCAGCCCACUUUAGUGGACACGAUUGUUAUGGCCAAUUUAGGCUAUUUUCAAUUGAAAGCUAAUCCGGGAGUAUGGACGCUACGUUUGCGCGAAGGUAAAUCGGCGGAUAUAUACGACAUUACCUUUACUGAAGGACCUAAUACUCUGCAUCAAAAUGGUCAUACGCAAGUAGUAAUUACAUCCUUACGUUCACAUGUUAUUAAAUUAAGAGUAACUAAGAAACAGGAUAUGCAACAAGCUGAUCUGUUAGGUGAUGACGAUACACAAACUCAAAGUGGUAUAUGGAAUUCUAUAGCUAGUUCUUUUGGUGCAGGCGGUAGUGCUAUUACAUCCAAUGAAGAUGAUACGGAAACCAUUAAUAUUUUUUCUGUAGCCUCGGGCCAUUUAUAUGAACGUUUACUGCGCAUAAUGAUGUUAUCAUUACUCAAGCAUACUAAAUCUCCAGUAAAAUUUUGGUUUCUCAAGAACUAUUUAUCACCGCAAUUUACCGAUUUCCUGCCACAUAUGUCCCGAGAAUAUGAUUUUCAAUAUGAGUUAGUACAGUAUAAAUGGCCACGUUGGUUGCAUCAGCAAACGGAAAAACAACGCACUAUAUGGGGCUAUAAAAUACUCUUUUUGGAUGUUUUGUUUCCUUUGAGCGUACGAAAGAUUAUAUUUGUUGACGCUGAUGCCAUAGUAAGAGCCGAUCUAAAGGAACUGCAUGAAAUGGACUUGGCUGGAGCACCCUAUGCUUACACACCUUUCUGUGACUCACGUAAAGAAAUGGAAGGCUUUCGUUUCUGGAAACAAGGUUAUUGGCAUAAUCAUCUUAUGGGACGACGUUAUCACAUUUCUGCCUUGUAUGUAGUCGAUCUGAAACGUUUUCGUAAAAUUGCUGCCGGCGACCGUUUGCGUGGUCAGUACCAAGCUCUUAGCCAAGAUCCAAAUAGUUUAGCAAACCUAGACCAAGAUUUACCUAACAAUAUGAUACAUCAAGUUGCUAUAAAAUCGUUACCGGAGCAAUGGCUAUGGUGUCAAACUUGGUGCAGUGAUAACGCUUUCAAAACGGCUAAAGUGAUCGAUUUAUGCAACAAUCCACUGACUAAAGAAGCCAAACUUACUGCCGCCCAACGUAUUGUCCCAGAAUGGAAAGAUUACGAUAACGAAAUCAAAACUUUAAUGGCUCGUAUCGAGGAUCACGAAAAUGCCGAUCAUUUUGAACAAACUACGGAAGAAAUUGACACCAAUCACGUUCGAAGUCAUAAACACAGUGAGCUGUGAUUUACUAUAAUAAUUUUUAGUUAAAUAUUUACACUUUGUAAAAAAACAAAGUAUUUUUAAAAUUUUCUAAUAACUCCGUACAUUUAUGGGGAGGGAAAUAGGAAAAAAAUCAUAUAAAAAUUUAAAAAAUGUUGAUAAAAAUAUCCUUAAUUUUUGAAGGAGCCCUUGAUUAACAUUCCUAA